UCAAGCCUUAAAAAGGGGCUUCCUCUUGGUGGCGCCUACCGGCCCUUGGGCCGGUUCGGGGCCGGUGAUUUCGGCAUGAGCGACACCUUGGCGUUGCUGACGGCCUCGGUGGGCUGGGGAUGCGUUUUCUGUGUGGCGCACAUCGCACUUCAGCUCGUCGCCGGCAGAAUUCAUGGGACGGACAAAGCCGGGGACCGCCAGGAAUGGACGAACUACGUGAUCGCGUCGACUCAGGCUGCCGUGACUGGACCUGCUGGGGCACUGGGCUUGUUGACGGAAGAGCCCUUCGCCACAUCAUUUCAACAGGUGUGCAGGUUCGCCCCGAGCAUCGACACGGUCCACGGCCAUUCGAUGACGCUGCAGAUGGCAAUGCCCAUCAUCCUUGGAUACUUUGUGUAUGACUUGGGCUAUGGUUGCCUCGUGGCUGAGCAAUCUUUAGGAGUGUUAUUCAUAGCCCAUCACGCGCUAUGUGUCUUGAUAUGGCCUAUUAGCUACCACCACGGAAUCGGCUGCUUUUACGUUCUGUACAUGAUGUCUGCAGAACUCAGCACGCCUUUGCUUUGGCUGGUGGCAUAUUUCCUGCCAAAGUACAACAUCAUGGGCUCCACGCGAACAGUUUGUGGCUUAAUAAUGGUGAUGUCCUUCUUCGUUGUGCGAGUGCUUCCUGGGCCAGCCCUUCUGAGCUCACUGCUCGCCUCGCAGAGCUAUUGGACAGAUGUAAACGUGGUGGUGUAUGGACUGGCCAUGGUGACACUGCCAUUGCCCAGCCUGUUGUUCUCCUACUGGUUUUUCCAGAUUGUGCAGGGGAUGGUUGCAGCUCUCUCCGGACCGCCUGAAAAGGCGGAUUGAGUCGUAUGGCACCAAAGCAGGCAGCGCGCCGCCAAAGCAGGCUGCGUGCCGUGGUACUCUCGCGCAG